UGUUCACCCCGAGUUUUCAGUCCUUGGGUUCAUGAAGGACUUGUGUAGCUGUUACGUAGACAUGGUAAACAAUUCAACCAACCAGUCACUUGAAACAGAAACCGUGAGUAAGGUGGGUGAUGAAAGCGCUGCAGCUUGUUCGAUGGGGUUGGUAGUUGUUCCUGAAUGUGAGAUCUCUUCAGAUGGCUGGAGAGCAAUUAACAAUGUAAAGGACAUUACCGUUGGUGAAGAAAACGUUGAGAUUCCAUGGGUGAAUGAGAUCAACGAUGAGACUCCUUCACAUUUCCGUUACAUGCCUCAGAACUUUGUGUUUCAAGAUGCUCCAGUGAAAUUCUCACUCUCAAGUUUCUCUCAUGAGCAAAGCUGUUCCUCUUCUUGUAUCGAAGAUUGCUUGGCUUCAGCAAUGCCUUUCAACUGUGCAAUUGCUGUUGAUAACGGGUUUGCGUACACAGCAGACGGCGUAAUUAAAGAGGAUUUCUUGGAAGCUCGGAUCUCUGAGGCGCGUGAUCAAAGGAAGCAGGUGGUUAUGUUCUGUAAAGAGUGUCCAUUGGAGAGAGCUAAAAAAACAGAGAUUUUGGAACCUUGUAAAGGGCAUUUGAAGAGGAAAGCAAUUAAAGAGUGUUGGAUCAAAUGUGGCUGCACUAAAAGAUGUGGUAACCGAGUGGUACAAAGAGGAAUACACAACAAAUUACAGGUGUUUUUCACACCAAAUGGGAAAGGUUGGGGCCUUAGGACAUUGGAGAAAUUGCCUAAAGGGGCAUUUAUUUGUGAGUACAUUGGAGAGAUAUUGACAAUCCCAGAGCUAUACCAGCGUAGCUUCGAGGAUAAACUCAGUUUUCCUGUGAUAUUGGAUGCACAUUGGUGUUCUGAAGAAUGGUUAGAGGAUGACAAAGCUCUGUGUCUUGAUGGGACGUGUUAUGGAAAUAUCGCAAGGUUCCUUAACCACAGAUGUCUUGAUGCAAACUUGAUCGAGAUCCCAGUUUACGUUGAGACUCCAGAUCAGCAUUAUUAUCAUCUUGCAUUUUUCACAACAAGAGACAUCGAGGCAAUGGAGGAACUCACAUGGGAUUAUGGCAUUGACUUUGACGAUGAUGACUCUCUGAUGAAACCCUUUGAAUGUCUGUGUGGUAGCAGAUUCUGCAGGAACAUGAAGCGAUCAAAGAGUAAAAGACCAAGCAGAUAAUGAACAGAGCCUGAGAGGAUAAUGAAGAAGAAAAAUGACAUAAGACCUAAUGUAUUUUGGUGAAUGGGACUCUCUCUUAGUGAACAAACCGGUCCCGGUCAGUUGAUUUUGUAGGUUGAACAAAAGCUAAGGUACUUAUUGUGAGAUCAAACUCUGCAUAACUUGAGGUCUUGUGACUUCCAUUUAAUUAGAAGUUUGGCUAAUCUUUAACUCUAAAUCUCUCUUAAACAAUCCAUAUAACGUACUGUUUUGGAAAUAGUUACGGACCAAUGCAUA